GUCGUGUCUUCCUUUGUCUGUGCUAGGUGCUCUGACCUAUGAAUAUUAUCUGUGCUAUGUGCAGUGGUUCUUCUAACAUUUCACAACGCAGUCAACAUGGAAGAUGUGUUGAGUGAGAUUGUGUCACCACAAGAUUUGAAGAAAUAUGAGCGUGCUUACCAUGAAGAGCUGCUUAAAGGAGAAGUAACGCAGAAAGCACAAUUUGAGUAUAGUUGGUGUUUGGUUCGAAGCCAGUAUUGGGCAGACAUCAGGAAAGGGAUCACUCUUCUCGAAGAUCUUUACAACAGCGGCAGUGAAGACGGAAGGCGCGACUAUUUGUAUUACUUGGCGAUAGGGAAUGCUAGAAUAAGGGAAUAUGGUAAAGCCUUGAAGUAUGUCAGAUCAUUCUUACAAAUUGAGCCAGGAAAUCAGCAAGUCCAAAAUUUGGAAACGUCGAUCAGAAAAACGAUGGAAAAAGGACUUGUUUCAGAGGGUCUGAAAGGACUGGCUAUGGCGGGAGGUGUCGUGUUGGCUAUAGGUGGGUUAGUUGGCCUGGGUAUUGCCUUAACCAAAUCGAAGUGAUAUGACACUGCAACAGGACUUCAUCACCCGUGUGGAUCUGACUGAUAACGAGUAACAUCCAACAUCAUGUAUUCAAUUUUAAGAAGACUACAGCUUUCAUAUUAGUUACGCCUAGACCAUACAAUGUAGGAUUUGAGGUUUUUAUGGCAGCGAAUCUGAAGAUCACAGUCUUCUGGGUUGUUGCGCCGCGGACAUCUACCAGACUUCAUGGCGCGACAAUCCAGAAGACAGAUCUUUAGACCAUGUAAUCUUCGCUGAUGCUUACGAUUGAAAAUGAUGAUCAUUUAGGUGUCUCGUUGUCAGCAGAAUUCCGUCAAAGUUGACUUUAAUUUUUGUGUUGUUUGUAGAGUAUGUUAACGGUUGUAUUAAAUAUUAUUUCUGUGAUAAUUUCAUGUUAUAUAGUGUUUUUUUUUAAAAUCGUGCAGGUGGAUUGCCGCUUUUAUUGCACGUAUUCCACCGUUUGAAAGCACUGGAAAUGUAUAGUAGUACACACAUGCAAGAUUAUACCUGAAGUUGAUUAUAACAAUAAUUUGCAUUAACUCAUUUAUUAAAAAAGAGUCUUAAACUUGAUUAUAAUUUGAAUUUUAUCACCUAUUUGAAGUAAACUAUAUGUUUUGUAAUACAAAGCCUAAAUUGUCCGCAGUUUGUGCCAUCAGCAGUAAAGCUGAUCAGGGACAUUCCACAGAUAUUAAUAAAGAUUUUAUGUAUUUUGUAUAGUCUGCAUAAAAGUGAUAUUUAUCUUGUAGUAUCCACUGUACAUGUGUAUUGUGUGCACCUGCAGUUUGAUAAUGAUGUUAUUGAUUGUGAUAUUAAAAACCUGCUCCAUCCUGCUUUAUCUUCCUUAACAUUGUUAUUAAAAUAUGUUUCUUUGAACUUUCGGGUUUUGUGUUGAUGCUAUGUAAUGUGACUUGUUGAAGAAUAUGAACCUAAUAACAAUUAUGAAAGCUUAUUCAGCAAAUAGAAGUUAAAAUAAUUUGAUGAUGUAAUCAGAUUCAUUCCAGUUUGAAAUUGGAUUAACAUGAGAGGAAAUGCACACUCCGAGGCAUCCACCGAAGUUAUAUGCACUGAAAUGUAAUUCUAUAAAAUUAGUGUAAUUUUGUAACAAACAUUUUUCUUCAGAGCAAAAUAAAUAACAGUGAACCACGAUUAUCAAUAG